AUGUCAAUUGAAUUCACGGAUUCCUCGAUACAGUACUGCAAUGUGUGCAUGGCCUCAACCGAUGCCAGCUAUCAGAUGUAUAAUGUGGCGGUCAGCGGCGUGGUACUGGCGAUUGUAGGUGCAAUUGGGUUGAUUGGUAACAUAUUGGUCGUAACCGUAUACACAUCACCGGAACAACGGGUACAUUCGACUAGCAUAUACUUGGCGGCGUUGGCUACUUCGGACUUUUUGAUGAUUUGUACUGCGAUGUUUUUGUUCGUACUCGAAACGUGGAGACAUCAUGGACCUCCGAGUGGGUUUUUUGUCGUUUUAGAUCAUUUUCAAAUAAAAAAAAUUUUUUUUUAAUUUUUAAAAUUCUUAAAAAUUUGAAUUUUAUAGUACUAGCCUAUCUAUACGGCUCGGGAGCACCAUAUAUAUUUCCACUUGGAGCUGUUUUUCAAACAACCUCAGUCUAUUUUUGUGUCGCAGCUGGAGUGGACUGCUUCAUAUCAGUGGUACUACCUAAACCAUUCAAGGAUAUAUGUUGUACUGCAAAGUAAGUGUAAAAUACGUUUGGUAGCUUUUAUAUAUCGUAAAGUAGAGCCUAGUGAGUUAAGGUAGAGCCUGGUAAACUAAGAUGAACUAUAAAAUCAAUACUAUGUGAACGAAAUGUAAAUCUUUUGAAAUAAGGAAGUUAUUGGUAAGGAACGGUAAAGUAGGGCAAUGUAAAGUAAGAUAGUGCAUGGCAGAGUAUAAUAGACUAAGGUAGACAAGGCCAGACACAAAACAGUACCAUCUUCUAACCAAACCCUUCAGAAAAGCCAAAGUGGUAGUGAUGGUAAUGUCAGUACUGUGCGUUCUAUACAACAUACCACACUGUUUCGAGCUGCAAGCUAUUCAAUGUAUCGAGCCAAAGCAUGGUGGUAUCAUGUCACUUCAAAUCUGCCCAACUCCAUUCCGAAUGGAUCCGGUUUACUACACCAUUUACUAUACCUACAUGUAUACAACGUUCAUGGCCGUAGGGCCGUUAUUAAUGCUGAUUGUCCUCAACAUAUGUGUCGUAUUUACUGUGGUUACUAAAGGAGCUUCAGGUAGGUUGAAUUUUGUCGUUUUUGGGGCAAAAGUUUAUAUAGGGACAUUUUAUACGCUGAAAAGUGUAUGGCAUAUGACUAGGAAAGUAUCCAACCUGCCCUGAUUGACGUUAACCUUUUUACAUAGAAAGAUCAUGUAAAUAUAAGAUCUACAGCAAAGUUCUACAUCGCGCUUUCCAGGAAAUCGCGAAAAAAUCGAGAUCAAAACAUUACGUUUUGAAGUUCCCGCCAAAUUGGCAUUGUGUUUUAAGCUUGUAACUUUACCAAUUUUUACUUUUAAGAACUUUUCUUUGAUAAAAUACAUUUAAAUAAACCUACAUUUUUAAAUUUGUAAGUGUAGCUUGGCUGAAAGUCGAAAAAAGUGCUUGAAACACAAUGCCAAAUUAACCAAAUUGGCGGGAAACCAAAAUAAUUCAAAUUUAAAACUCAAAAGCGCGAGUUAAAAUUUUUUAUAGGUACUACUAGUAGUACAAAGAAUCCAUAUAAAAAUUUUGAGCUGAUUCUGAGCGGGGCAGGUUGAGUACUCUUGCCUUACCUGUCAGUUAGGUAGGGCAAGAAUAGAGCAACUACUUUCACUGUAAGAUGUCUUUAUGAUUUGGUUAUUUUUUAAUUUAAACAUUAUUUAGCACGUUGCAUCAUGAUUCGUAUUUUAUAUUUUUUUUAAAUUUCAGAAGACUCAGAUACGAUAAGUUUGAUUCUGGUGGUAUGCUUCUUCAUCGUAUGUAACUUCACUGCAUUACUGGUCAAUUUUCUGGAACUAACGUUGUAUGAUCAAGUAAGUCACAUAUUAUUUACCCCAAAAGUCCUAUACAAACAUUAUACUAGAUGCUGACAUAAAGAACCCGCCAUUUUUUACUGGAAGUUCAGGACAAGUAUGGCGGGUUCUUUAUGUCGGAUCUAAUACCUUGUCAUAAAAAUGUCAUAAUAUUGUCAUAACGACCCGAAAAUGUCAUAAACCAAACCCAUUUCAGCUAAGCCAUGUUAUCGUAUACCUCGUGGACCUCUCCAACUUACUAGUGGUCGUGAACUGUACCGCCAACUUCUUUUUGUACCUAAUUUUUGGCAACUCGUUCAGACAAAGCCUGUACAAGAUAUUGGCUGGCCGUCCGCCGCUAAAACAAGCCAACUUACUGUGGCCAGAAGACGACAGUAACUAUGUGACACGACGACUGUCUGCGGCUUCUAAUGAAGAAGCUUACCUACAAACCAACACGGAUGAGGUUUAA